AUGGCCUCUUCCCACUUAAUCGACGCUUCGCCGGCGAAGAAGUCCUCAAGGAGUGACGACGAUUCGCAGUGGUCGUCGGAGGAGGAGGACGAGAGCGGCGGAGAUUCGCCGAACGAACGGCGCAACUGGCUGGAACUGCCGAGGGAGUUCGUGUGCAAGUCGUGGUUCGAAAUCUGCAAGGAUCCUCUCGUGUGGCGCAAAGUCGACAUGCAUAACCUCGGCGAACUGGAUUCGAACUUGGACUUGGACAAGAUGUGCCGCAACGCCGUCGCCCGUAGUCGUGGCCGAGUGGUUGAUAUCAACAUUGAGUAUUUCGGAAAUGAUGAACUCCUCAAGUACAUCACUGAUAGAGCAAAGCAGAUCAAACGACUUCGACUUUCUUGCUGCUAUUAUGUUUCUGAUGAGGCAUUGAUUGAAGCCCUUGCAAAACUGCCGUUAUUGGUGGAGCUUGAUCUUACACUCUGCUUGUUCACAACUGAACCUAUCGAAGCUUCUGGGCGCACUUGCCCUCGAUUAAAAACAUUCAAAUUGAACUGGCAAGCUUUUAGGUUCGACCACAUAAAUCCUGAAGAGGAGGUGGAGUUUAGUGACGAAGCGAUUGCCAUUGGGAAAAACAUGCCCAGAUUGCGCCACCUUCAGCUUAUUGGAAAUGCAAUGAUUGACAUAGGCUUAAAAGCUAUUCUCGAUGGUUGUCCUCAUCUCGAAUCACUUGACCUGCGCCGAUGUCUUAAUAUUUGCUUGAAAGGAAAUGUGUGGAAAAGGUGUGUUGAGCAGGUUAAAUAUUUGUGGCUUCCUGAUGAUCCAACCAAAGACUAUGGGUUUAUUACUGGUCCUGAAGAUGAGCGUCGCUCUAGUUCAUCUGAGGAUUGCUUCCGAAGAGGCUCUGGUCUUGGUUUCCCCUUUGAUUUUGAUGAGGAUUAUGAUGAUGAUAAUGACGACGGCGGUGAUGAUUAUGACAAUGAUUACAAUGACGAUGACGACGACAAUGAUGAUGGUGGUGAUUGUUAUAAUUCUGGCUCGAUCGCAGGAUGGCUUGACACCCUUGUGGAUGACGAUUUUACCAGGCUUGACACCUUUGAGGAUGACGAUUUUACCAGGCCCGACUACUUCUAG